AGCAGCGUCAGUGAGGGCAUUCACUAGCGCUGAUUGAUGGAUGGGCUUGAAAGUGAAAGAAAGAACUAAGGGAUUGUGACGAAUGGCAGUUGCGUUUCCAGGGAAUUGGCCGUCGGUCCAAAAAAACCGAGGGGUUGGGUGCUACGGUGCUGAGAAGUGGAAGUCUAGGUCAGCCCUCUCAGCGCGGGAUUGAGAGAGAGAAUGUGUGUGCCUGGCUGGAGAGUGGUGCCGUCGACACUCUUUUUUUGCGAGGAGGUUGGGAAGCCAAAAACGAUGGCACCGCACCUUUGCACCGACCCGGACCCUCCCUGGCCGCCCACAACUGCUUGGCCCUACACUUAGUGUACUUACCCGGCCACCUGCACCACCACCCUGACACCCUUCUCCGUCCGACCACUCCGAACAGGCCCUCCGUGAACCUUGCUUGACCAAGGCUAAGGUAGGUAUUAAAAUCUGCAGUGACAAAGGUUGCAUCCUGCUGCAUUCUCUCGUUUUCCCUCUUCCCUCUUUUUUCUUCCUUUUCCUUCUCCUAGUCGUCACUGGAGUCAGGAACUGAUCUUCGAGUUUCGGUCUCAGUCAGUCUGUUGCCCGUCGCUGAACCCUUACCACCAAGCUACUACCUACUCAGUCGCGGCUCACUUAAGCUUACACUGAUUUUAGGGCGCACCCCGCGCAACCCAGCAGGACAAGGCAACGAGAACGAAAGAUCUGGCAAUCAGUGGUAUCGUUUGGUUCAUCCAGGAGAGACGCGAUAGGCCCGACGAGCAACAAAUCAGUUGAGAAGCGCAAAACAACUUCGCUCGGAUCAGAAGCAGCUCUGGAGUUACCGCAUCCGACACAGGCACAUUCUGAGAUUUACACCAGACGACGGGACCUAGCGACCGCUGCACCGCUGUACCUGCACAUUAGUAUACUGCUGUAGCUCCACCCCGCUCACCGCCGUACCAACAGUCCUACACGCGAUAGAAGCAGCCUUCGAAGCUAGCACGAUCCGAUCGGCAGGAACUUUGCACGGUCCACCCGCACCCAGCCCCGGCCCGGACCUUCCAAAGCGGGUCCCGGGCAUACUUGCACCGACCGACAAUCGGGAACGGCGCAUCUCCACCGGCACUCUGAUAUUCUGCGGUUUUGGGAACUUGACACUACACAGCAAUCUCACCAUGGCAUCCCAGAAAUCGCCGAUGAGUUGGCUCUCAGCUCUGUUGCUGGCCUGCGCGACGUUACCACAGUAUGCGACUGCAGCUCCUUACCCGCAGCCAGAGCCACAGGCAAAUGUUCAAUGGGUGACCUCCAUCUGGACCGACACGUUGACGCAAACCCACACUAGCAUCUACAGCACCGUUGUUGCAGCUGUGCCCACGGGCGGUCCCGAUUGCGUUCCCAACACCAGUCUUGGCGAGUCAGCAUGCGGCAGCAUCUGCUGUGCGGCAUCGCAGAAGUGUCAAUACGCCGGCCAGUGCAUGGCGAAGGGUGCCAACGACCCCCCAUUCUUGGGCAGCACCUUGGUCGGCCACACUUACACCACCCAAUACAGUGCCCCUUACCGUCCUACCAGCGGCGCGACAGGAACCGCAGCCAGUGCUACAGCCAGCAGCACGGGCGGUGCGGGCGGUGGUGCGGGUGGUGGUACGGGCGGUGGUGCGGCCGGUGGUGAAGCCGGUGGCGGCACGGCUGAUACCGGUCUGAGCGGAGGAGCGAUCGCGGGUAUCGUUAUCGGCACACUCGCCGGUGUUGUUCUGCUUCUGUUGCUGUGCGCAUGCUGCAUCGUGCGCGGCCUGUGGCACGGUUUCCUGGCCAUCUUCGGCAUCGGAGCCGGCAACAAGAGGAGCAAGGAGACCGUCGUCGAGGAGGAGCGUUACGCUCGUCACAGCGGCCGGAGAGACUCUCACGGCUCUUGGUAUGCUGGCGCCGGUGGCGGUCGUCCCAGCGGGGCCGCUGCGCGCAAGGAAAGCAGCGGAAAGGGCCUGAUGGGCGCCGGAGCCGCUCUCGGUACGCUCUGGCUCUUGCUCGGAAUGAAGAAGGAUAAGAAGAAGGAGUCGUCGAGACGCAAGUCCAGGAGCGAGAACAGCAGCUAUUACUAUUCUGACUAUACCUCCAGCGGAAGCCCUAGCUCGUUCAGUAGCGAUAGACGAACUCGGCGCUCUGCACGCUCUGCCUCCGCUCACGGCGGUGCUGGUAGGACCAGAACAGCCAGCAGAGUGACCAGGACGACGACCCGCGUGUCGCGCGUUAGCUCCGUGCCUCCGCCUCCUCCUGGUCAACGCCGCAUUUCGAGAUCUCCCGGCCCUAUGAGGGGAUGAAGACCUCAGGUCCUAAUGCUGAACUGAUGCCUUGCAGCCGCAUGCACUUCAUCUGUCAGGGCAGGCAUGCUGCGCUGCAUGAGCCCCUAUACAGAUGACAAAGCGAUAGCAAACAGCUAUUUUGCGAUUCCUCGUUUCUGUGUACAUGUCUUUUCUGAGUUUUCCCCCCUCCCUGCGGAUUCUCACUAUAUAACACCCAUCCCAAUCCACCCACACAGAGGCGCUGAGCACUUAUGGGUUUCCUCUUUAUCUUUUUAAGUUUCUCAUGCACGCAACUAUCUCCUCAUGAAUUUUUAUUCUGUCACGGCGUUAUAACCUCGAAUUUAGGCGAGGUUGAGGAGGAUUUUCCCAAGGGGUUUCACUUUCCAGGGCUCGUUCGUAUAUAUGAUGGCUUCAGCGACGCGGGAUGAUUGGUCCGGUGGAUGAUGUGGAGGAUGAAUAUGGAGUUUAGCGAGCGAGUUCCUUUGAGCGAACAAAGGCUGAUUCGAGAGCGAAAUGGAGAAAGGGAAGAAGAGGAAUGGGCGGUAGCAGUGGCAAGGAUGAUAACGAUGACGAUGAGGAUCAGGAUGCUGGAUUCUGGACGGACAUGUGUAAUGAAUGACCUGAUUGAUGUAUGUACGUAUGUAUGUAUCCAUGUGAUGCCAAUGGCGAGUUGGCAAGAGCGGGAAGUCGCAAAGUUCCCAAAGUGAAGACACACUCAUCAGAGCUACAAAAUCGCCGUGUGACUAGCGAGAGAAUGUGUUGCUUUGCUAUUGAUGCAUGGAUAGUAUCAACGGCGCGUGAGAAUUUGUUCAACCUUUUGAGAAGCGGGCUUAGUUCAAGGUUAG